AUGGGAAAACGCAGUGGGCUCCAGCGACGCAGAUUUUUCAUGCCUUCCUCGGGAUCUUCGUCUCCAGCCAGGCUGUUCAGAAACAAGUGGCGUGGCCAUCGGUUGAAGCUUUGCAAGAGCAUUAAAGCAAUGCUGGAGCAGGCGACGGCAAGAAAUACGGGUGCCCUCAACCUUGACACAAGCCGUGGGUUUGCAUCUGUGGGUUUUGCUGCGUUUAUAUCAAGCUUCUUGACAACGUCUGCGCUUCCACUUGCUGUGACUGCACGUGAUGUUUUGGUUGGAUCAGCCUCGACAGUGUUUCCGCGGCGUGACCUUUUUCCUUUGCCACGCAUCUCCACUUGGCCUGCGCAAGUUGACACAGGCAUGCAGUCUGAUGGUGGUCUUCUGGUGCUGGCAAACACAUGCGUGGCUGCUUUAAACCAUCUGGAGCAAGGCAUGCCCAAGUCAGCCACGACCUGUUCCAGGAACACGUGCACGACAGCGAAGCUUUCUGUCCAGUUGCAUGUGUGUGGGCGCGUUGCGCGGUUCUGCGACCGCCUCAAUGACAUGCUGGGUGAGAACUUUGACUACAUAGGGGCUUUUCAGAAGUACGAGAAGACAGCUACUGGCUCAUCCUACGAGCAGCUGCGUGGAGACGACGUGGAUUUGCCAAAGAAAGCAGCAACUUGCGACCCUUCCACCUUGGUGGAUCCAGGUUUGUGGCAAGAAGUAUGCCGUGGUGGGACUGUCUUUCCGGAAAACGCAGGCGGUCACAACCAUUGCCCGCUCAGCACCUUGGGGUCGGCUAGAGGCGAGUACAUCAAGUUGACGUGUCGUGAACUUCGAUGUGGCAAGCUGCGCCUCAGGCUGCAGGCCUGCGGCUCAGCGAAGGUGUUCACUGCGCCCAAAAGCACCCCAGGGCACCAGCGGAAGAUUUGGGACGGUUCGUUGAUCUCUACGUGGGCUGCAACACCUCCCAAGCCACACCGGCUUGCCAACCCGAGCGCUUUUCUGGAUAUCCGAGUUCAGCCUGGCGAGGCGCUUUACCUGUCCAAGCGGGAUGCCUCCACUUUCCUUGAUGUGCUUGCGGUCCCGCCGGUGCUCCAGCCAUGGCUAGGCCAAGAGCCCAUUACACUAGCUGAACUGGUCCAGUAUGGGGGAUUCACUGCGAAGGAAGUCGUGGCUUUCGUGGACGAUUUGCAACAAGACAGCGAACUCACCAUGGCACUUUCUUCGGACAGCCUUCUCUUCCCGGUCCACAGCGUAUGGCCCAUGGGUUUCAGCUGGUCUUCGUGCAUUGCUCAGUCUACCACGUUGGGAGUGCUCAAGCAGGCGGGUGUCCACAGCAGCCAAAUUCUCAGCCUGGAGCAUGACCUCCCAGCCUCGCAGCGAGAGCUCUGCGCAGUGGCCACCGACGACACGCUGUUCUUCCAUCGCAGCUUUCGGCACGGCAGGCGAACUUUGCAGAAAGUUGACAAGGUGUUUGAACAACAUGGCAUACCCCGGAACAGAGCCAAAGAUGUUUCUUUGGCCAGCAAGAUGACAGGCCUCGGUUGCGACAUAUCCAGCAGACCUGCUCUUGUCGAACCCGCGAAGGACAAGAUCUCACAAGCUGUUCUGGGUUUGUGUGAUGUACUGGAACGAGGAACAAGCAGCCCAGCUGGCAUGAGUGCCAUCUUGGGUGUCUUGCAAUGGUUCUGUCUGUUGCAAAGGGGCAUGUUCAGCAUCUUCGACAAGGUGUAUGGCUUCAUCGUGCAAGAACCCCGCGCGGUACAGCAACCCUUGCCUGCGAGUGUGCUGGACGAGCUAUUCACCUGGCUUGCAGUGGCGCCGCUACUACCGGCUAGCUUGGAGCGCCAGUAUUUGUCUGACCUCCUGGCUUGCGAUGCUGCUCCUGAGUUCGGCUUCGGCGUCAGCGCGUUGUCCUGCGGGCCAAAGCAAGUGGAGUCAAUCGGCCGCUUAUCCGAGCGCAGAGGAGACUACGUCAGGCUGCUUGUUGAUGACAACGAUGAGCCGGAGCAGCCGCGUCUCGGUACUGCGCACAGAUUGCCAGUCAAGAAGUCUGCUUUCAGAACGCUCAUCUCGAAAAGAUUAAGGUGGCGGCGCACUCAGGCUUGCUGGAGUGUCACGGGGUCCUGCUCACGUUGA